AUGGCGACCUACUCGAGCCCUUCCUCAUCACCCCCUCCCGGGCCUACACGCCGGCGCCUGAACAACUGCGCCAGUGCUUGCGAGCGUGGGUGCUGCGCCUUUGCCACAUAUUUCCCUCUGGCCUUUGUAUACAGUCUCAGUGCAUGGGGAGUAUAUGUCUGCUCUAAGAUCGGGUUUGGCGACACUGGCUCGAAAAAUGUAUGGUGGGCCGUGCAAGGCAUCUCGGCAUUGGGGAUACUCUUCUGUUUCCUCGCCAAUUUGUCUUACACUAUAGCCAUCUUUACAGACCCUGGCUCGCCUCUGAAAUCAACCAAAAGCAAACAGCAGGGUAAAUACUCGAUACUUCCUACCAGCGAGCCGUCAAGCGAUCACGGCCCGGUGCAAAAUAUCACUGUUUCAUCCACGGGAGCACCCCGAUAUUGUAAAAAGUGUCACACUUCAAAACCCGACCGCACCCAUCAUUGCUCGACAUGUCAGAGAUGUGUCCUGAAAAUGGAUCAUCAUUGUCCCUGGCUUGCGACAUGCUUAGGACUCCACAAUUACAAAGCGUUUGUGUUGUUCCUCAUCUAUCUCUCUUUGUUUGCCUGGAUGUGUUUCCUGAAUGCGUCUUGGUGGAUGUGGAAAGAAUUGUUUGAGAAGAGUGGAUACUUGGAGGACACUGUACCUUCGGUCAACAUCAUUCUACUUUCCGUGAUAGCCGGGAUACUGGGCUUGGUGCUGUCGGGUUUCACGGGUUGGCAUGUUUACCUUUGCUUAAGAGGACAGACCACGAUUGAGAAACUGGAAAAGACUCGAUACCUGAGCGGAGUACGGAGUCGAGUUGAGAGGAAUAGACAAGAACAGCAAUCCAGUCACCUCCGGCGCUCGUCUGAGGGUGUGGCUGAACGACUACAUCGUGCAGGGGAACAGAUCCUUGAGUUCCACGCUAAUGCCGUACCUGGCGCUUCACGAUAUGAGGAAGGCGAAGAGCAUACGUCUCCUGUUCCUAGUCUGUACAACUCUCAAAAUUUCUCCACUGAGCCACAGCAACCCGCAAACUACACAGAAGGUUCAGGGAACAAUUCGGCUAAUGACACACCUGCACUCCGCGCUCUGAGGCGGACAUAUUCCUCGAUUGAGGCUGAGCGCGAAAGGGCACGAUACGAUGAAUACCUCGACGACAAAGAGUCGGCCAAGCUUCCUAGCGCUUUCGACCUGGGAUGGAAGAGGAAUUUGAGGCAUCUUUUCGGCCACAAUCCACUCCUUUGGGCGCUUCCAGUCUGCAACACCACUGGUGAUGGCUGGAAUUGGGAGGUUAGUACGAAAUGGGCGCUCGCUCAGGAGGAACUCAGCCGUAAUAAGGAAAGACGCCUAGCCGAAGCGGCAAAUCAGCGACAUGCCGGAUAUAGUGCCAGCGUCAACAUGCGUGGUGGAGGUGGACGAUACGAAGCGUAUGAGCGUGACCGCGAGCACGACUCUGACGACGAGAACCAUCUACAUCAUCACCAACAGAUUCACGGCUAUGGGAACUAUCAUGAGGAUGGCGAUUUCUUUUCUCGCAGUGCCGUGUCGAUGCAGACACUGUCACAACGUAAUCAGCCACAACACCCAGGUGAAGUUCCAGACAGAGGUCGACGGCGCCAGCGUCGUGACUUCGACAGGGCAGGGAGCGGAGAAGUUGGAUCAUUCGAAGUAAGCAGCGACGACAGCGAUUCCAACUCUGACGUCGCAUACAAAGCCGACGCAUUUGCCAAGCACAGCGGGAUCCGGAAUGAUCGUCUGCCAGGGUGA